AUGGAACGAUUUGAAAGCGAACACGGGACCUUGACGACGCUGGCCUUGUUUCUCGGACCGAUAACAACUUUUCCGGGUAUUCUCUACUUGAUUAUUGAAAGAUUCAUUCUCAGGUUGGACAAUGCGGUUAUGGGUGCCAGUAUCUGGGUGUUUCUCCUUCUCGGAAUGGAAGCCAUCCGAACCUUCAAGUCCAACCCCUACCUGGUCAUUGCCACACAUCACAUCCCGACAUGGAUUACUCCUCUUCUCAUGAUAUUUGUUGUCGCCGUGCUGAUGCCUGGAACGAGCCUUCUGGGGCACCUUUGUGGAGUGACAGUUGGAUACGUUGUUGGUCUGGGAUACAUCAAGUACCUCGCACCCCCCGAGUGGGUGCUCCGUUGGGUCGAGUCGCGAUUCAAUCUGCUGGUCAUCCUACCCCAUUAUGUCAGUGUUGACCAAAAGACGUAUGGACGCUUUGGCGUCUUGCCGUCAAACAGCCGCGCCGGCGGCAGCGUGGCAACAGAGCUUGUGGGAAGUACACAGCGACUAGGU